AGAGGAACGACAGUCGGCGAGAGUAGGAGAGACGCAUCUGGCGGAGAGGGAGCGAGAAGCCGCCGAAAGCGCAUAGCGGCCCAUAAUUCGGUGCGCCGCCCCGCAAUCAGGUUCGUGCUCGAUGUUUCUAACCGCCUCGCUCGUCGCAGCCGGGAGAGAGAGACGGUAGUGCACGUUUUUACGUUUGCUCGUCGGCUACGUUUACCGAGUACGAUCCGGGAUACAUCUAAGCGCGUUGCUUCGGCUCCGUUCGCUCGAUCUCCUCGCUGCCUCGCGCGCGUACACGCAUUCGGUCUGGUUGUUUAUCCACCUAUCUGGCAGCUAUCGGGGCUGACAGACGGCUAAAGAGUUGUCGGUUCACGCGGCGAACGCACGCGACGCGUGUGUGCGGUGGAACCGGAAGGGCAGCGGUUGCUCCUUGGAACGCAGUAAGAGGAGACAAGAAGGCGGCUAUAUAGGAGGAGAGGAACGAGCAAGAGAUCAAGAAGAGCAGAGGUCGAAAGGGGAAUGAUAAUCAAGGACACAGGUGUUACACGAACAUCGAGUGACCUGGCAGACGGUGAAUCGUUGAGUGUUCUUCGAAGGGCGAUAAAAUAUCGACAGAUUAAUCGUCGCGUUUCUCGACAACGGAUGUCGGAAUGACGCGUCGAUCAAGCUGUGGCAGGGCAGAGGGUGCAAGGACUUCGUUAAACGCGAAAAAGUGAUACAAAUCGUGGUUGUGCCGGAAAAGGCGGAGGAAAGUUUGGAGAAGCAAGAAGCCGGAGUCUUCGCAUUUUUUUUAACUAAGAAGCGAUUGCGGACUCAUUGUCUCAGCAUCCUGCAGCAACGGCGGGUAACUCACGAUGUUAUUAUGAGAUCCAUCGUGACAAUAGACUCGAGACCACCCUACACCUGACACUUUUCUCAAAAUCGAACACGUGUUCGUCAGGAGCCCGUCGGUAACAGUAAUCAAAAUAACUCGUGAAAGCUACCAAAGAACUUCGUUCGAGGGGACAUUCGCAAGGUCGAGGUGAAGGUUAAUCGAUCAAAAGAGAGAGAGAUUCGGGAAGGAAGAAGAAGCGUAAGAUCAUCGUUUGACCUUGAAAGAAGAUCGGAGGCAUAGCACGAGGACGCUGUUCGGCUGUGCGGAAGAACGGCACAGGGUUGAUAAGAAUAGAGGGGUGCGUGGUGAAACGCGACGAGAGGGUGAAGUGAAGGUGUCCCCGUGGGGUGCCAGAGUGAGCACGAUAGCACCUCUGGUACCCUCGGCCGUGGGUCCCGAGGGGACGGACGCCAUGGCGGCCUCUUCGUCCUCGUCGAGCGGCGAGCAACAGUACUCACUCAGGUGGAACGAUUUCCACUCGAGCAUCCUCAGCUCAUUUCGUCAUCUCAGGGAUGAAGAGGAUUUCGUGGAUGUGACCCUGGCAUGCGACAGCAGCAGCUUCACAGCGCACAAAGUCGUCCUCUCUGCGUGCAGCCCUUAUUUCCGGAGGCUCCUCAAGGCCAAUCCAUGCCAGCAUCCGAUCGUGAUCCUGAGGGACGUUGCCUCGUCGGACAUGGAGUCGUUACUACGUUUCAUGUAUCACGGCGAGGUUCACGUGGGUCAAGAGCAGCUGGCCGCGUUCCUGAAGACGGCGCAGAUGUUGCAGGUUCGAGGAUUAGCCGAUGUGAACAGCGGUGCUGCUACGGCCAAGAUACCGCCACCGCCGUCGUCUGCUGGCAACAAUGGCAGUGCGCCGGCAACCCCACGCAAUCCCUGGCAAGAUAACGCCAGAGGUGACCUUGCCGAGGGUGCUUUGAGUCCACCACCAGAGAAAAGACCCAGAAGUUACAGUCCUCCACUGGGUAACCACAUUGAACAGAAGUCAGAUGUUCAAGACUCACUUUUAGGUCAAGCUCUUGAAGGAGGACCCACGAUACACACAUCGUCCACCAACAAUGUACAGGCUCAGUCUACCGGCGAGGAUUCGAAUUCGAUGUCGGACAAUGAGGAGGAAAUGUCAAACAACGACAGUAUCCUGAAUUCUGUGAAAACCGAACCAAGUGACAUCCUGAACGAUUCUAUGGAACACCAUCGUAACUCGUUUCAUACGACACUUUUGGGAAUACCAGGACUGAUACCAGGCCCAUCCGGGAUCCACGCGGCGAAUCAGGAUCCGAAUUUCGCAGCCCGACGCGGUUUGGACAUGCUGCGAGUACGCGCCACAGAUCCACGACCCUGCCCGAAGUGCGGUAAGAUCUAUCGAUCUGCCCACACGUUGCGCACCCACCUGGAAGAUAAGCACACGAUCUGUCCGGGCUAUCGUUGCGUGUUGUGCGGAACCGUGGCCAAGUCGAGGAACUCGUUGCACUCCCACAUGUCCCGACAGCAUCGAGGCAUCAGCACCAAGGAUCUGCCGGUGCUGCCGAUGCCGAGUCCGUUCGAUCCCGAGUUGGCGUCGCGUCUGCUGGCCAAGGCGGGUGUCAAGGUGAGCCCCGCGGAGUUGCGAGCCCGGGCCAGUCCCACGGGGCCCAGACGAGGUGACAUGAGACUGGAGAUACCUCGAGGAGGAGCACCGUCCGAGGCAGGCAGCAGCGUGUGCGGCGGGGACGAUCCCGAGGACCUCACGUUACCGUUGAGCCUCAGGUACGGUUCACCCACGCCCAACAACAAUACUGUGAUCACCAAAGUGAGCGGCAGUAACAGCAGCAGCAGUAACAAGAACUCGACCGCUACCGCGAUAGCCGCCAAAUCUUUGGACACGAUGCACGGCAGUCGCGAGCCAAACACGGCGCCUCUUCAUCCACCCGGACACCUGCAUCCGAGCCACCAUAACACCAGCGCCACCGGAUCAGCCAUCUUGGAUACCUAUCUACAGUUCAUCGCGGAGAAUUCUGGACUGACGACGAUGGGACUCAGUCCGGAACAAGCUGCCGCGGUCGCAGCCGCUCAUGCGGCUAAAAUGGCGCACAUGAGCGCGAUGGACAAGCUGGGUGGACGCGGGAUCGAGGAUUACCCGAUGAUCGGACGAGACGAAGGCCGAGGACCAGGCGUGGUGCACGAGGAUCGCCAGGACCUGCUGCAGGACAGGCACGGUGGCUUGAUGGACGAGGGCGAGUCAUCCGGCGGCGAGGAGGACGACUUCAGCGACACCGAGGAGCCGGAAAUCGUGAAAGCCGAAUAAACGCCGGGAACCUGUAACCCUGAAGAGUUCGUGACACGUGACCCGAUUAGAAGAAGUGCUUCGAGACGUGCCCGAGUUCCGGGCGUUGUCUCUGUUCACAGUCAAAUCCAUCCACUACCUCAGUAGAGACUUACUCCUGUUUUCUUUUGUCGCGAGAGAGAUACAGUUUUCCAAAGAAGAAAGAAGACGACGAUGCGAAUCGCACGGUACGUUUGGUCGCGUCCACGCCGAUUUCCUGAGAAAUCGGUCGGCGAAUGAGAAUCCCUCCUUUGCGCCGCGCUCAAGAAACGUGUAGCUUUCGUUGUCUCUUAUGUCAGCACGUACACACUCGACAUACAUACACACUCGACACGAUACAUACACACACUCACGCGUGUACACAUAUUUAACCCCGUUGUAAUAUUCCAUCUGUCUACCUCAAGUGAACAACACGAUCAAACGAUAUAGUGAAUAAUUACGAUUAACGAAUCUCAUUGACAUUUUUUACCAAGUUUUCUCUUCAAGAGCCUCGAACGAGAGAAAGAGAACAGAACCGAGAAGCCAGGUAACGCCAGGGCAACUGUUUAUUCUUUUUAUUUUCUAAAGGUUUAAAGAGAUGACGGUGAGCAUCGCGAGCACGCGACUCCCGUGAAGAUAUUAUUAUUAUAUUAUAUUAUUAUUAUUAUAUUAUUAUUAUUAUUAUUAUAUAUGAAUGUUGAGGAAAAUAUAUAUUAUCUAGAUUUAUAGAGAAGUUACUGUACCACGACAAGUACGUACACACGGGGGCAACGUAGGCUUCCAUUUGACAUAGGACGAAUGUAGGGGGAGGAACAUCUAAAGUUACGUACCUCAAAUUCGUAAACUUUCUCAUCCCACAAUUUUCAAAGACCUUAACUUCAUAAGUUGCAAAGUUUCCAAGUUUCCAAAUUUUUUAAGUUUCCUAAAUUCGCAAAUUCCCAAAUCUCUAGAGUUCUCAGCUUGAAAAUCCAUCAGCCUAAAAAUGAUAGAAUCUUUUCCCUACGUCGCCAUUUUCCUUGUGGAAGCCUAUUAUGCUCACCGGGAUACACGAAUACACGCGAAGAGAGAGAGAAACCACACGCAUUGUAUUUAUCGAGUAGAAUGGAUACGUAUAGCGCUAGGGUUAGCACAUCCCUUAAUUAUAUUUUUUAGACGCGUGCACUUUAAAACUACACGGCAAUUAGGUACAUAAUACACGUAUAAACACACAUUUGUACACAAACGGAGGACACAGGAAUAGGAAUAUAAAGAAGACACGUAUGAUCGUGUAUCUUCCGAUGAUCGCGAAGGUCAUCGAGAUUGUUAAUUGUCUACUCGUUUUAUCGUAGGUAAAAAAGGCGGGAACGACGCGAAGGCGAUUCAUCCCUCGUUUGGCGAACGAUAAAUCUCUCGAGCGAUGAAAAUCUUCUGUUUCUUCGAAGGAAACGGAUUUAGUAAUUAAAAGCGAAUUGAAUUUGAAUCGCGUGAUAUAUUUAUCAAGCGUUAUACGAGGGGAUGUUUUUAGCCGAUGUUGCAAACGAAACAGGCGAAAUGGCGCGCGAAUUCAAGGAGAACUCUUGCAGUUCCCUUUCGUCUCACGGUCCUCCCAAUUUUUUGUUUUUGUUUACUUAAUCGGCCUCGAAAUGCACUCAAGGGCUUGCCAUGACUUUCUAGUACUUAAGUUUUCGACAUGGACGUUGUUUUCCCUUCGGCCCGUGGACGAAAUCUCCUUAGAUGGCUCGUGUAUCGUAGAGGAAGAGAAACGGUGGAACGGGAAUCAUCGGCGCCUUUUUAUUUUCGUUCGUUCCCUUCGGAAACAUUUGUUCUUCCGCAUCGAGCGCGCCGUUAGCUCUGACUCAUCUCCCUCCGCAUCGCGUUAUUUAUAAAUCGUUAUUGUUUUUCUUCGAUCGAAUUACAAAUUUGUCCCCUCGCGAGAUUCUCGUUCCUCGAGGAAAAAGCAGAGGCACGAGUUUCUUGUUUAUCUUUUACACGAUUCGAAUUCGUAAUUGCGCGCGCGAUUUCGUGUCCAGGCUCGAGUGUAAUCUUAAAAUGGUUCCUACUAAUGAAUAUGCAUACACGAGCUACUUUGAUUUACGAUAUACCUUGAUAUAGAUAUAUCUAUAUAUAUAUUUAGAACAUGUAUGCAUGUAUAUAGGUACGUAUAUAUACAUACAUACAUACACGUAUACCUAAUUUAGAUACGCCUAGAGAAAAGAGAACUUAGCAAUACGGUAGUAACGCGGCGCGGUUUGAACGAAGAAAUUUCUUCCGUUUCGUAUUCUCCAUUAUUAUUAUCAUUAUUAUUAUUAUUUGUUUUUAUCCUUUUGGUUCUUACGAGUGUGCGUGUAAGGCAGAGAGUGACAGCGAGCAAAUGAGAGAGAAUCGAUUAAAUGGCUGACGACUUAACGAUGAUGAAUCUUAACGAUAAACCCUUUCUUCAUCAGGUGUUAGACUAUUUCGCCUAGAUUAGUAGGUUGUACACAAUACUCGGAGUAUACUAACCCCCCUUUUGUCUCUAGCCUGUAAGGGAAUUUUACUCGAUGGAAAGGAAAAUAACGGACAGGGACUCUCAGUGAUUUUGCUGAUCACUGACACACGCGGCACGACGAUAUAUUCGUGAAAACUUGCUUCGUGUAACUCGUGCGAGACGAUACGUCCAAAAUAAAGUUACGUGAAGAUUCGACGAAUCGAAGAGUAAAAGACCGUGGAUCGCGCGUGGAUCGAGGAGGAAUUUUCGUCGGCGACGGAAAACUCACCCCUUUAGAGAUUUUAACGAACGGUAAUUUCUUCGAGACAAUAAAAUUGUACGAACGCGUUGAAAGCAUAGUAGACACGUUUGUAGACGCGUUGUAUAAUCGAAAUUACCGCGACGUUGAAGGGUGAGCUCGAUCGCUGACCCGCGAGCUUUCUCGAAUUUUUUAAAACUUUAUAUCGUAUGUGUACAUAUGAAAGGGUAAUUGUAUACGAUCGGAACACUUGUAUACGAAUCGUCUCGAAAAUCACAGCAAGCUUGAAACGGAGCACGUGAUUUUCUCGGACGCUUGUUAAAAUUUUGGAAUCGUUCCUCGAGUUCUCGUCGCGGAUCCACGGGUUCGAAUGCUUCGUUUUAGGGGAAAGAAUGCGAGAAUCGAUCGUGACGCGAAUCCGGAUCUGAUCGGUACAAAGAAACCACUUCUUGCCUUGAAAAUGCUCUCUAUAAAUGUUAUACGGAUCGGGUGAUCGUGUCGCGAGACAAAAGUUCAAAAAAAAAAAUAGAACAAAGGGAAAAUCGGAGAAAAGAGCAAAAUUUUUCAUAGAGUACAAAUUUAUCCGCGGUGAAUCUUGAAAGAUCGAGGGAUGAAGCUUGAGAAAAGAGUAAAAAGUUCGAUUAGUUCUCUUUGCGUCGUCGCGAACGAGCUUCAAAGACUUUUCCUUUGUCGUUUUAUUUUUUCUUCUUUUUCUCGCCACGGUAAGAGUGUGUCUCCCGUCAUGAAAUCCCAUGACGAUCAACGCGGGUUGAUCGGUCGAGCGUGCAAAGUUGAUGGAAACCCAACAGUGAUCUCGUCGAUAGACUUUCUUCGCCGUUUUUUUUUUCUUUAUUUUUCUGUACUUCUUUUUUUAACGAAUAGAGGAGCGACAGUUUCAUUAACCGUCGCGUGAUAUACAUAUGUUACACGUACACACACGCACACACACGCACACACACGUAUACAGAAACACAUCGAUCGCAAAACACUCAUUACAUACGCGUUUUAAGCAAGAAUAUAUAACAUAGUUACAAGGUUGACGGGGUGCGUUCGUAUCUCCCCUCAAAGUGACAGAUUUAACCCCUCCCCUCAGAUCAUAGUUUUCUACGACAGUAUUUAUAUAGUUAUUAUAUAUAUAUAUGUAUGUAUACAAACAGAUGAAUAUAUGUAUAUACGAGAUGUACAUAUACAACGUAUUUUUACACGAAUGUUUCAGCGACAGCACCCCGUCAUCCCCUAUGGGGAUUGUGUCCCCACGAUGAAUGAUAGUCCGUUGAACAUAGUUCGCAAUAGUCACUUGGAAUAGAAUACCACCAACUACAGUAUUGCAAUAGUUGUUAGAAAGACAAUCGUGUGCGUAGCCAUUCAACGCUCCCCUCGAUUAUGCUUCCAUCUUAUAGCGAACAUUUCAAAUUUUUACUCUUCAAAGAUUAAUAAGACAUUUCUUGUAGAAUCAAAUAUUCUCUUCUGUCUCAUUUCAUUGCUACAUACAUAUAUUCACUAUAGAGUCUCGCUAUAUGGCCAAUGCAAAUUGAAAUUUUAUAUAUUUGUAACUUUUUAAUUAAACACUGUAAAUUUACGCAUUUGAGGUUAGAACGCAAGGAAAAUGUUUGACAAACGAACCUAAACGUCGAGGAUGAAAUGUCCGCGAUUUGAAGGGAGUAGAAUCGAAAGAAAGGCAGAAGAAUGCACGAUAGAACUGGUCGGCGAUAAGUGUAGUGGUGAACGCGGCUCUCGGUAGAACAGUAAACGACCAGUGUGUUGUCGGAGCUCGUAAAGGCUGAAUCGUACGAGUGCACACUCGUUCGUGCGUGGUUUUACGGUGAUUAUAAAGGCGGAUUAACGACGCCGUAAACGCAGCAAGCCUUUCACGAAUUGUCUGGCAGACAGCUUUCGAGCGUUGUGUCCUUGGGGUGAAUGCAAAUAAGCACCCUGGUCGAGGGGUGCGUCUUAACUCGAUGAAACCUCUUUUUUCUCUUUAUUGAAAACGGAAAUAUAGCUCUGAUGGAAUCACAAAUUUUGAAGUCUCGUUUCAACGAGAAUAUUAACGCUACACUGAAUAUAACCGCGUAAAAUGAUACAUUUUAACCGGGAAUUAUUAAGGAGUAUCCUCAUUCGGGUUUACUUUUUCGUACAUAUUUGUUUCCAUUCGCAAUUAAAUUUUCCGUUAAUUAAGCUAUUACGCGGUGCUUGCAGCGCAUUGCUUUUAAUGGCUUCUGCAAUUCUGCAUUCGAAAUAAAAUGUCAAAGUUGUGGUUAUCAUCCUGUAAUAGAGUAUCCAUUUUGUAAUAAAAGAAAUUUGAGUUACAUAAACGAAUAUCGAUAAGUUCGUGUAAUAUCAACGUGUUAACCGAGAGCUGUCGCAAAUGCAUUUCAAACAAAAAACAGAAUAAAAGACUGCCUAUGGUCAAUAGCAAACAACGAUCUUCCAUUAAACCGUCAACGACCCAGUUCCAUCGUGAUUCUAAAAAAUCGUCAGAAAUUUUGUAAAAAUAGGGAGCGUGUUGCCAUCUCAGGUACUCGAACACGAUUUAAUAAUGCAUUAUAUAAAUGUAAUAACAAACUCAGGAAAUCUGAAGCAGCCAGGCCGUGAUACUAUACUUAUAGAAACUACUACUACUACUGCUACUACUACUACUACUACAGGUGUGAUUCUUGCGUUAAUCAGGCGCUCAGGUGAUUUGCGAGCCAGCGUCUAUAUUCUGUUUUGUUUCGUUUGUUUGUUUGUUUCUUGUUUGUUACGAGAUUUUACACUGGCAAGUGGCAAGGCGUGUGCACACCGUGUUCACGUGUAUCGGCGUGUGAUCGAAAUCGGAUCGAGCUUUCACCGAGAUUAAUCGACACUUUGAUGGACGCAUUUCAUACAAUCUAUGACUUUUAUUUUAUUUAAACUAUAAUUACGUAAACUAUUGCCAGAAAUAUACGCUGGCGACUAUCAAAGUGUUAAAUUCUGGUAUAAAAUCAUCAAGAAUAUCGAAUAUCAAAUGAAUCCGACGAGAACCGCUAUCACGUGGAUGCGAAAAAGGGAAAAAGAGAAAUAAUUGUGAAAAUCACCACAGCUACCUCCAUGUUAUUAAAUAUCAGUCUUCUUCUCGCGCUAUACUCACGCUCAUGUUUUACCGAAAGUUUUCUACGACGUUCCGAACGUCGAUCGCCCCGUAACGUCUCCGUAUCGUGUAUAUAUUAUAUACAUAAUAAUAUAUGUAUACACAACGUUUACACAUAGUCAGAAGCGCGAGAGAUAAAUAUAUAGCUUCCACGGAUUAUAUAGGUUUAAGAAUUUGCCUCCUUGCGCGGAACAGUCGAGUCUGCGAAUUACAGUAAAAAUGCAAAUAGUCGAAUGCCUACGAGAGACAAUGAGAAAUUUGCGGACACUCGAACACUCUGCUGUAAAUAAUCUUGUAUCUUUUAUGUAUCGAACGUUGACUCUGUACUUUAUAAAUUUUAAUUUCUAUAAGUCCACUUAUCUUUCUCCAUUUCUUGUUCCUUGAAUUUUUAGUUCCAUAAAUUCAGUAACAUCUAGUUUCCAUAAUAUCUUAUUCCUCAAGCUGUCCAAACUUCUCAAAUAUGUAAUUUCAUAUGAAACUUGUAAUUUCAUACGCGAAUUUCGACAGCAGAGUGUCUGAGGGUCCGAUCGCCACAUCGAAAGAAAGAGCAAAAUACAAUAGAGCUACCUCAGUUAUACGGUGGAUUAGUGAACGAAAUAGUGGACGAAUUAAUUCACUGCCAAACACUCGAGACUGUUCCGCGAGCGACAUGUGCUGAAUUCCAAAAUCACAAUGCAAUACGUUGUACUUACUGUCGUUUUUAACGCGUUGACUCGAUAUAUACCGGUUAGUGAUUUUACUGCUGCAUCGAGAGAGAUAAAUUUUGUUUUUUUUUUCGCGUAAGCGUGUUCCGUGUGAUGAUGCAUUACGAUGUACGUCGUGUGAAAGAUCGUGAGAAUGUUAAGUGUAAGAAUGUCGAAAAAUCAGGUGUGUUUGUGGAAUAAAGAUGUUCGGAUGGCCUCCUAUUAUACGCAUAUAA